CCUUGUCCUCGUGUAUCUGCUUUUUGGUUUUGAUUUGAAACAUUUGCAUUGGGGUCCUUCAACUACUCUCUGCAACACUAAGACUAACCAAGAAGAUGCAAGGCAGCAUUUUUCUUGUGGUUAGCUUGGUGGUUUCAUCCACUCUUGCCACAGGAGAAUUAAAUAUAGUUGACGUUGGUGAAAACAGGAACAUAACGGACGAUUUGUUAGUUGAUGACAUUCAUGAGCUGCCAAACACUGGAAGAAGUAGUACCUUGGGAAAAGACAAUCUGUGGAACUCCCCAGUUCCAUAUGUGUUGGACAAAAGCCUUGACCUGAACGCUAAAGGAGUCAUCAUGAGAGCUUUGGACCAGUUCAGGGUGAAGUCAUGCAUUGACUUUAAACCAAGGGAUACUGAGGAGUAUUACAUUUCAUUCGUAAAAAAAGAUGGGUGCUGGUCAUAUAUUGGCCGAGUACUCACCAACGGACAGAAUCUCUCUAUUGGUGCAGGCUGUGACCACAUUGGCAUUGUUGAACAUCUGAUGUUUCAUGCUUUUGGCUUUUACGAUGAAGAGCUCAGAUACGACAGGGAUGACUAUGUGCAGAUUAAUUUUGACAACGUCAUAAAAGGUAAAGAAAUGUAUUUCACAAAAGUCAACCGUUAUCUGAGCACCACUCAUGAUGUGCCAUAUGACUACCUAUCUCUGAUGCACUCGGACAAAAAUUACUUAAGCAAUGGCAAUGGCUCUACAAUUAUUACCAAAGAUCCCAAAUUCCAAGAUAUGAUUGGUCAAAUGCUGGAAAUGAGUCCUCGUGAUGCUCAAGAGUUGAAUCUGCUCUACAAAUGCAAUUCCACAGUUGCCUUUAUGUUUUACUGUGACUUUUCUAAUGGGAACAUGUGUCAAAUGGGCCAAAUAAGCAGGUGCACACACAGUGACAAUGCGUGGAAAGUGGUUACACAAGUUAAGAAGGGUCCAAAGUCUGACCACACCACUCUACCUGCUGGAAACGGAGUUCAAGGUCAGGAAACAGGAUACUUCAUCCAUGCCAGCACAGGAUCAGGUCAAGAGGGAGACUCAGCUUGGCUGGAGACCAAAAUCAUGAGUGCUAAAAGGGAAUGUAAAGUCCAGUGUCUGCAGUUCUACUAUUACCACAGUGGAAAUGAGUCUGAUGAACUGAAAAUCUGGAUCAGAGAGUUUCGAGAUGAGCAGGACACCAAAGGAACAUUCCACCUCAUGGGACAGAUCACUGGUCAACCGACGUAUCAUUGGCAGAUCCACCAUGUUUCCCUGAAUGCCACCAAAAACUUCCAGGUGGUGUUUGAAGUUCGGAAAGGAGCAGGAAGCUCUACAGGCGGCUUUUCAAUUGAUGACAUCAAUCUCUCUGAGACUGAGUGUCCACACGUUACCCUGCAGAUUGAUGACUUUGAGAGACUUUUAAGCACUAGUGCCAUUGGAACCAGAAUAUACAGUCCGCGGCAGUACUCCAAGGAGGGCUAUGCAUACCGGAUAGCUGCUAUACUCUACCAGAACAUUGUUGGAAUGUUUGUGCAGCUCUUGUCUGGUGAUCAUGAUAGCCAGCUGGAAUGGCCUUCCCUACAAAAACAAAUGACUUUCCAACUGCUGGAUCAAACCCCUAACAUGCAAAAACAAAUGUCAAAGCAGUUCAGUUUUGUUACUCACCAAAGCCACAUGUUAGAUAGUGGAAUCAAAUGGUGGGACAACCCUCGUAAAACUGGACACAUCGUUACUUUUGAGAAUGGUGAGCCAGUCUAUGGUGGAGUUGUGGUUGGGUACCAUUAUUUUGCAACUUUGGAAGAACUGCAAACCGGGGAGUUCCUGAAGGGAGGGAGCGUCAUUCUCAUGUUCAGCUUUGAAGAUCUCACCCCUCUAGUUAAUGGAAGCUCCAUGCCUUGUCCUCAAGUGAGACCAGUGAACAUUACACAGCGUUCUACAAACUGGGAUAAAGGCCCGUGUUUUUUAACAGGUACUCCUGGGUUCUCUCCUGGUUUGGUCGCUUCCCCCAUCCUCACCCUCCUGCUGGCAGUGAUACCUAUGCUGGCUUGAUGAGCUGCAGAUUUUCCAUUCAAAUGUUUUGUCUUUGCAAAAACAUUAACAGUAAUGCUUCUGAAUUUCUAUGGAUAGUUUCUUUAAAAAGAAGAUUAAAAGUAAACACUAUAUUGCAAACAGAAUUCUGAUUAAGAGAAAGUGUGUGGAAUGAAAAAUUUACAAUGUAUCUUUUGGUGAUGGGACUACAUUUAUCAUUGUUGAUAAUGUCAAAAUAUUGGUAAAGAAAUACUGUUGGCUUUCCUCUUCUGAAUUAUGAGGGCUCAACCAGUUCGAGAUUUGUUUUAAAUUUGAAUUUUCCAAUGUUGUAUUUACCUCCACUCUUAUAUACUUUACUAUGGGUCUCUGGGCUUGGUGGCUUAAUAAAGUGGAUGCAAAUUUCAAAAACAAAUAUCUGGGACCUUUUCUGCACUCACAGUUGUCAUAAACUACCACAAAAUGUUUUUUAUUCAAUGUCCCAUUCAGUGAAUAUUACUGCAUUGUGUAGUGUUUUUUUACAACCAUGUAACAUUACUGGCUUUUGUUGACCAGAAGCUUCAACCUGCUGCUUCUUCACUGUUUUCAUUAGGGUUUUUGGGGAGGUUGGAUUAAACUUAACAAAUUCAAAUGGUUUUCUUUAACAAAUAGGGACAGCAUAGAAGGCAAUGUGCAAAUAAAAUAAAAGAAUUCCAUUCA